AUGUCAUCCCCCGCUACCUACUCUGCGUUGAUCAUCGGCUCCGGCCAAGCCGCAACUCCUCUUGCCCUCGCAUUCGCUUCUGCAGGGCACAAAACAGCUCUGAUAGAACGAUCCCAUAUUGGGGGAUGCUGCGUGAAUGAAGGGUGCACGCCGACCAAGACUCUUAUUGCAAGUGGGAGAGCGGCUUACAUUACUCAGAGAGGCCAGGAUUAUGGGAUCCAUACUCAGAGCAGCAAAGAUGGCAAGGUGGAGGUGAAGGGGAAGAAAAAUGAGAUAUAUGUGGAUAUGUUAAAAGUGAGACAGAGAAAGCGAGAUAUCGUGGAUCAAUUUCGUUCUGGCAGCGAGAGGAGAUUGAAAGCUGCUGGGGUGGAUGUCUUGAUGGGCGAGGGGUCGUUCGUGGAUUCGAAUACGGUGAAAAUCAAAAUGAGUGAUGAUGGGAGUGAGAUGACUGUCAAGGCAGAGAAGAUAUUCAUUAAUGUGGGGGAUCGACCCGCCCUUCCUGCUCUCAAAGGUGUGCAGAGUAUCGAUCCGAAAAUUGUGUUAGACUCCACCAGUAUACAGGAACUAGAUGUUGUUCCAGAGCAUCUUAUUGUUGUUGGAGGAGGGUAUGUGGGUGUCGAGUUUGCCCAGUUGAUGAGACGACUAGGUGCAAAAGUUACAAUUUUGCAGAGGGGGAAGCAGCUACUUCCUCGAGAGGACCCAGAUAUAGCUGUGGCCUUGAAGGAUAUUUUGGAAGAGGAUGGUCUAGUUGUACAUUUGCAGACUGAGGCCCUUGAUAUUAGGCCUAGCGAUUCAGGGCCGGGUUUCAUGCUCAGGAUCGGAAGGGGAGAUAUGGGUUUGGCCGAUGCUAUACCAGGUUCACAUCUCCUCUACGCCGUAGGACGGACGCCCAACACGGAAUCUCUCAAUCUAUCUAAAGCGGGAAUCGCCACGAAUCCUCGUGGUUACAUAGUAGCAAGCGAGUUUCUCGAAACGUCGAACCCAAAUGUCUUCGUCAUGGGAGAUGUCAAAGGUCCACCAGCAUUCACACACGUCUCCUACGAUGACUUCCGAAUCCUAAAACACAACCUCCUACCUUCCUCAGCAUCCGGCCCCGUAGCAAAACAAAGCACCCGCAACCGUCUUCUCCCGUACGUUGUGUACACAGAUCCCCAAUUAGGACACAUUGGCCUCCACCUCCACGAAGCUCUCGCCGCAUUUCCUGGCCAUAAAAUCAAAGCUGCCAAGAUGCCAAUGAGUUAUGUAGCUCGUGCACUGGAGACAGAUGAGACGCGGGGUGUUAUGAAAGCUGUUGUUAAUAUGGAUACCGGCAAGAUAUUAGGAUUUACUUGUCUUGGGAUGGAGGGCGGAGAGGUUAUGAGUGUGGUGCAAAUGGCAAUGAUUGGGAACGUGGGAUGGGAAGCAUUGAGGGAUGCAGUUUGGGCACAUCCGACUCUAAGUGAAAGCUUAAAUAAUUUAUGGGGGUUCUUAGAAUAA